AUGAGUGGUACCGAGAAAACUUAUAUUUUGCAGAAGUACCUCGAUUUGGAUCAGAGAGGAAAGAUAAUCGCUGAGUACGUCUGGAUAGAUGGUACUGGUAACAUGCGUUCCAAAGGGCGUACUUUGAAAAAAGCUAUUACUGCUUUGGAUCAGUUGCCUGAAUGGAACUUCGAUGGAUCUUCAACCAACCAGGCUCCAGGCCACGAUUCCGAUGUGUACUUGAAACCUGUUGCUUUCUACCCAGAUCCUUUCAGAAGAGGUGAUAACAUCAUUGUGCUUAGCGAAUGUUAUAACAACGAUGGUACUCCAAACAAAUUUAACCACAGACACGAGGCUGCUAAGCUUUUUGCUGCACACAAGGGAGAAGAGAUCUGGUUCGGUCUAGAACAGGAAUACACUCUGUUCGACGAGUACGAUCAAGUUUACGCAUGGCCAAAGGGUGGGUACCCUGCUCCUCAGGGUCCUUACUACUGUGGUGUCGGUACUGGUAAGGUGCAUGCACGUGACGUGAUUGAAGCUCAUUACCGUGCUUGUCUAUACGCUGGUCUCGAGAUCAGUGGUAUCAACGCUGAAGUCAUGCCUUCGCAGUGGGAAUUCCAAGUUGGUCCUUGUGAAGGGAUCGAGAUGGGUGACCAGCUGUGGAUGGCUCGUUAUCUGUUGAUCAGAGUUGCUGAAGAGUUUGCCGUCAAGAUCUCGCUACAUCCAAAACCUUUGAAGGGCGAUUGGAACGGUGCUGGUUGCCACACCAACGUUUCUACAAAGGACAUGAGACUACCGGGCGGUAUGAAGUACAUUGAGACUGCUAUCGAACGUUUGUCCAAGAGACAUCUAGAACACAUCAAGUUGUACGGUGCCGAUAACGAUUUGAGACUAACGGGUAGACACGAAACUGCUUCGAUGACUGGUUUCUCCUCUGGUGUUGCCAACAGAGGUGCAUCUGUUAGAAUUCCAAGAUCUGUCGCCAAGGAAGGUUACGGUUACUUCGAAGAUCGUAGACCAGCUUCGAACAUCGACCCUUACUUGGUCACCGGUAUCAUGUGUGAAACCGUGUGUGGGUCCAUAGAUAACGCUGACAUGACAAAGGAAUACGAAAGAGAGUUUUCUUAA